AACGUGCAGUACCGGAGGACCACCGUUUGAGGGCAGUAACGUGUUUUCUGAUUCAUUUUCAUAUCAGCUGAUAACUGCAGUGCAGCGUGAAAGCGAGUCUGUGCCAGCAAUGUAAACAUUAAGCUAUCAUUCACGUGUGAUGCGCUUCUUACCCUGCAGGUGCCAGUGAGAGCGUUCAUGUUGCCAGAAUGGCCUCAGGCUCUAGCUUUGCUCCUCCAAAGCUUUCAGACUUCAUCCUCACAGAGCGGCUGGGCAGUGGCACCUAUGCUACUGUGUACAAAGCCUACAGAAAGGGAGACAGUCGAGAAGUGGUUGCAGUGAAGGUGGUUGGAAAGAAGACUCUGAACAAAGCGUCUACAGAAAACCUGCUCACAGAAAUAGAAAUCCUUAAGACUGUGGCCACUCGCCACCCUCAUAUAGUUCAGCUCAAAGACUUUCAGUGGGAUGCUGAGAAUAUUUAUUUGAUUUUGGAAUGGUGUUCUGGUGGAGAUCUGUCUCAGUUCAUUCGUAGCCGCAGGAUUCUGCCUGAGAGGGUGGCUCAUCGUUUCCUUCAGCAGAUUGCUUGUGCCCUCCAGUUUCUUAAUGAACGAAACAUUUCACACCUGGAUUUGAAACCUCAGAAUAUUCUGCUCAGCGGCUCUGUCCUCAAACUUGCAGAUUUUGGUUUUGCCCAGUACAUGUCACCAUGGGAUGAGCAGAGUGUCCUGAGAGGCUCUCCUCUUUACAUGGCUCCUGAAAUGGUGUGCCGACAUCAGUACGACUCCAGAGUCGACCUGUGGUCAGUGGGUGUUAUUCUCUAUGAGGCGCUGUUUGGACGACCACCAUUUGCAUCCAAAUCCUAUUCUGAGUUAAUAGAGAAGAUCCGAUGUAACCAACCUAUUGAGCUGCCUCCGGGGGCCAGGGUAUCCAAGGACUGCAGAGACCUUCUUUUGCGGCUGCUGGAGAGAAAUCCAGAUGCCCGUAUCAGCUUUGCAGAGUUCUUCGCGCACCCUUUUGUGGACUUGGAGCACAUGCCAAGUGCAGAGAGCCUGGGGAAAGCGAAAGAGCUCGUCCUGAAGGCUGUUCAGAAGGACCAAGCGGGUGAGAGGCCUGCCGCUCUGUCCCUGUACCGCAGUGCCCUUGAGCACUUCGUCCCUGCUAUUCACUACGAGAUGGACAGGCAGCGUAAAGAUGCCCUCAGGCAGAAGGUCAACCAGUAUGUGUCCAGAGCAGAGGAGCUGAAAGCCCUGGUGGACUCUGACAACAGACUGAGCUUUGAGGAGGCGCGAACCUCCAGAGAUGUGCUCCGAGAAAUGUCUCGAAAUCAACCUCGACUAAAGGCUGCGUUGGACAUGGCUGCUACUGCCAUUGCUAAGGAAGAGAGUGGAUUGGAUGAUCACGAGGCCUUGGACGUCUACCAGCAGUGCUUAGGAGAGUUGUUGUUAGCGUUAGCAGCUGAGCCUCAGGGCCGCAAGAGAGAGCUGCUCCACAGUGAGAUUAAAAGCUUGAUGACCAGAGCUGAAUACCUCAAAAAGCAUAUCAAGAUGCAGGAGACUCAAAGGGACGCGUCUCUGGAUCGAGAAACCCUCGCAGACUCCGUGAGAAGCUCCUGCUGUUUGCAAUGAGCGUGACGACCAUCGUACAGGAGGCCUGGACCCCGUCACCAACAUCGGACCCCCCUGUCGGUCUUCGGGCCGGACACGGCAGCAGCAGCUCCUCAGCUGAGGAUUUCCACACGGGUGAAUGUGAGAUUUAGUUCCCUGCUCCUUCUGUCUGCACUCAGCCUCAACCCCCUCCUCCCAACACACUGUUGAUAUGUAAAUGCCGGACAGCUAGUGUGACAAUACCGUAGUGUCAUGGUAAACGGGUUCAUCUCGCGCUGACGCAUUCACUUUCCCGCGCGACACCCAGAAGCGCUCGGAAUCAACUGUGAAACCCGAAGAGCCCAACAGAAGCGCUGACAUUACGUGUCUGAACUGUAAUUUUAUGGAAACCUCCUCGCUGUUGUGGGUCUUCGUGGACUAUUUUGAUUUUGGAAAAGUAAAGUGCUUAAAUAUUCCAAAAGGGAGCCUGACUUUAUUAGCACAAGAUUCAAGGCAACUGUAGAAAACACCUGAAUCAAAAUUUGCUGCUGUGCUGUUCCACUUUUUGUUUGAAUGUUCAGACAGCUGUGAUUUUCUAACGUAUUUAUUAAAUGGUAAUAAAACGACAAUCUCCGCA